CCGCGGUCGGUGCCGUAGCGGGAGGGAGGAGGCGGCGCGUCCCUGGAGGCGUGCUCCCCGGUCGACCGGUCGACAGACGGACGGACGCGCGGAGGGAGAGGGCUGCGGGGAGAAAACCGCCGGCAUCGUGGGACCGCCUCAGGGCACCGGAACGCCAACUUGCCGCGCGUGUGUCGGGCAGGUCUGGGGCAGGUGGCGGCUCCGUGACCUCCCAUCAUGGGUGGAGACAGACUUUUUGGUGAAGAAACCCAAACGGUCGAUGCCAGCCACGACGACGAUUUGGCUGUCAGAGGUUUUGACAAAACCUGCCCCUUUCCCCUCGGGGAAUCCGAAUGAGGGAGAGUGCAGACACCUUCACUGGGAAGCCAAGGACAUUUCUGUAUAAUCAGUGGAUGAAAGGAUUUCCUCAGACUCGUUUCCCUUUUCCUUGAGGAUUAAUCCACCGCAACCUACAAUUCCAGUGGAAACCGCAAGGCACACGAUGUGGCAGAAGCCUAGAGCGCCCGCAGGAUUGUUCUGGACCCUUCCUUUGCUUGGGGGAGUUUAACACGCGCCACCCUCCCCGACUGCCUCCUGCUGAUCCCUUCUCUGUAACCUCUUCUUAUUUUCCGAGUUAAGUUCUGUUUCCAAAACUGUCCCCUGGAGCUCUAAGUGGAUUGCCAGAAAUGAGAGCUUAAAUCCUGGGAGAGGAGAAAGCGCCGCUGCCUUGCCUCUGCUCUCCGCUGCCGACAUGAAGUGCUUUCUCCUGGUGCUGAGCUGUCUGGCUGUGCUGGGUGUAGUGACAGCACAGCGUCAAGUUGCCGUCCAGGAAGGACCUUUGUACCGCACGGAGGGCUCCCACAUCACCAUCUGGUGCAACGUGAGUGGCUACCAGGGGUCUGCUGAGCAGAAUUUCCAGUGGUCCAUCUACCUGCCCUCCGCCCCCGAGCGCGAGGUCCAGAUCGUCAGCACCGUGGACUCUUCUUUCCCUUACGCCAUAUACACCCAGCGUGUCCGCAGCGGGAAGAUCUACGUAGAGAGAAUCCAGGAGAACUCGGCCUUGCUGCACAUCACCGAGCUCCAGGCCCGGGACGCUGGGGAGUACGAAUGCUACACGCCCAGCACCGAUGAGCAGUACUUUGGGAGUUACAGCGCCAAGAUGAACCUAGUGGUGAUCCCAGACUCCCUGCAGGCCACCGCCAUGCCCCAGACUCUGCACAAAGUGGAGCAGGACCCGCUGGAGCUCACGUGUGAGGUGGCUACCGAGACGUUCCAGCACAGCCACCUGUCUGUGGCCUGGCUCCGGCAGAGAGGCAGCGAGAAGCCCGUGGAGGUCAUUGCCCUGAGCCGCGAUUUCCUGCUCCACUCCAGCAGCGAGUACGCCCAGAGACAGAGCCUGGGGGAGGUGCGGCUGGACAAGCUGGGGAGCAGCACCUUCCGCCUCACCGUCUUCCACCUGCAGCCUUCCGACCAGGGCGAGUUCUACUGCGAGGCCGCCGAGUGGAUCCAGGACCCCGACGGCUCGUGGUACGCCAUGGCCCGAAAGCGCUCCGAGGGCGCCGUGGUCACUGUCCAGCCCACAGACAAAGAGUUCACCGUUCGUCUGGAAACGGAGAAGCGCCUGUACACCAUGGGGGAGCCGGUGGAGUUCAGGUGCAUCCUGGAGGCUCAGAACAUUCCUGACCGUUACUUCGCCGUCUCCUGGGCCUUCAACAGCUCACUCAUUGCCAGCAUGGGGCCUAACGCUGUGCCCGUCCUCAACAGCGAGUUCGCCCAUCGGGAAGCCAGGGGCCAGCUCAAAGUGGCCAAAGAGAGCGACAGCGUCUUUGUGCUGAAGAUCUACCACCUGCGCCAGGAAGACAGUGGGAAAUACAACUGUCGUGUGACAGAGAGAGAGAAAACGGUCACCGGGGAAUUCAUCGACAAGGAGAGCAAGCGUCCCAAAAACAUCCCCAUCAUAGUCCUCCCCAUCACAGAUGACUGGGUAGUUAAAGUCCCCCAGAACCACCAGAUCCUGCCCCAAGGCCACUUGGAGAGCAGCAUCUCCGUGGAGGUGGCCAGCAAUGCCAGCGUCGUCCUCGAGGGCGAGAACCUGCGCUUCUCCUGCACCAUCCGCACAGCAGGCAGGCUGCAGGGCCGCUUCUCUGUCAUCUGGCAGCUGGUGGACAGGCUGAACCGGCGCAGCAACAUCAUGUGGCUGGACCGGGACGGCACCAUGCAGCCGGGCGCAUCAUACUGGGAGCGCAGCAGCUUCGGGGGCGUCCAGAUGGAGCAGGUGCAGCCCAACUCCUUUAGCCUGGGCAUCUUCAACAGCAAGAAGGAGGACGAGGGCCAGUACGAAUGCCACGUGACCGAGUGGGUGCGGGCAGUGGACGGCGAGUGGCAGGUCGUGGGGGAACGUCGGGCCAGCACCCCCGUCUCCAUCACGGCUCUCGAAACGGGCUUCGCGGUCACAGCCAUCUCCCGGACGCCGGGGGUGACCUACAGCGAUUCCUUCGACCUGCAGUGCAUCAUCAAACCCCACUACCCGGCCCGGGUCCCGGUGUCGGUGACCUGGCGGUUCCAGCCGGUGGGCACCGUGGAGUUCCAUGACCUGGUAACCUUCACCCGGGACGGAGGAGUCCAGUGGGGGGAUAGGUCCUCCAGCUUCCGAACCCGAACGGCCAUCGAGAAGGCUGAGUCCAGCAACAAUGUCCGCCUGAGCAUCAGCAGAGCCAGUGACACGGAGGCGGGCAAGUACCAGUGUGUGGCGGAGCUGUGGCGGCAGAACUACAACAACUCCUGGACACGGCUGGCCGAGAGGACCUCCAACCUGCUGGAGAUCAGGGUGCUGCAGCCAGUGACAAAGCUACAGGUGAGCAAAUCCAAGAGGACCCUCACCCUGGUGGAGAACAGGCCCAUCCAGCUGAACUGCUCAGUCAAGUCGCAGACCAGCCAGAACUCCCACUUCGCUGUGCUCUGGUACGUCCACAAGCCCUCGGAUGCCGACGGCAAGCUCAUCCUCAAAACCACGCACAACUCCGCCUUUGAGUACGGCACCUACGCGGAGGAGGAGGGCCUGAGAGCCAGGCUCCAGUUUGAGAGGCACGUGUCUGGGGGCCUGUUCAGCCUCACCGUCCAGAGAGCCGAGGUCAGCGACAGUGGCAGCUACUACUGCCACGUGGAGGAGUGGCUGCUGAGUCCCAACUAUGCUUGGUACAAACUGGCAGAGGAGGUUUCGGGGCGCACAGAGGUGACUGUGAAGCAGCCAGACAGCCGCCUGAAGCUCAGCCAAGUGCAGGGGAACCUGUCCGUUCUGGAGACGCAGCAGGUGCAGCUGGAGUGUGUGGUCCUGAACCGCACCAGCGCGGCCUCCCAGCUCGUGGUGGAGUGGUUUGUAUGGAAGCCCAACCACCCGGAGCGGGAGGCUGUGGCCCGCCUGAGCCGCGACGCCACCUUCCACUAUGGAGAGCAGGCGGCCAAAAACAACCUGAAGGGGCGCCUGCAUUUGGAGAGUCCUUCCUCCGGUGUGUACCGGCUCUACAUUCAGAACGUGGCGGUGCAGGACAGCGGCACCUACAGCUGCCACGUGGAGGAGUGGCUGCCCAGCCCCAGUGGCGUGUGGUAUAAACGGGCAGAGGACACCGCUGGGCAGACAGCUGUGACAGUCACACGACCAGAGGCCGCCCUGCAGGUGGACACGCUGGUCCCCAAUGCCACGGUGUCUGAGAAGGCAGCUUUCCAGCUGGACUGUAGCAUCGUGUCUCGCUCGAGCCAGGACUCCCACUUUGCAGUGACCUGGUAUUCCCUGAGGACUAAAGCUGGGGAGAAAGGGGACAGCCCUGGCCUGGAAGACCAGGAGGAUGAGGAGGAGGACGAGGAAGAAGAGGAGGAAGAGGACCCAACAGAGCGGGUGGUCCUGCUGAGCGUGGGCCGAGACGCCGUGUUUGGCCCAGAGGGCAGCCGCUGGGAGGGCAGGCUUCGCUUCCAGAGGCCGUCCCCCCUGCUCUUCAGGCUCACGGUGCUGCAAGCGAGCCCCCAGGACACAGGCAACUACUCCUGCCGCGUGGAGGAGUGGCUGCCCAGCCCUCAGAAAGAGUGGUACCGGCUGACAGAGGGGGAGUCCGCCGCCAUCGGCAUCCAAGUGCUGGACACGGGUUCCUCCCUGCAGUCCGUCAUCUGCUCCAAUGACGCGCUCUUCUACUUCGUCUUCUUCUACCCGUUCCCCAUCUUCGGCAUCCUCAUCAUCACCAUCCUGCUGGUGCGCUUCAAGAGCCGGAGCUCCAGCAAGAACUCGGACGGGAAGAAUGGGGUGCCCCUGCUGUGGAUCAAAGAGCCGCACCUCAACUACUCCCCCACUUGCCUGGAGCCCCCUGUCCUCAGCAUCCACCCGGGAGCCAUAGACUGAGAGGCUCCAGGGGUCGUCAGCCACCAGGAGCUGAGGCGCUCCCAUGCCGCCUCUCGCUCCGUGAUGGGACAGCGGACAGCACCCAGGCUCCGGAGUGCCCUACGAGAAAACUCGGACUUGAGUCGUGUUCACAGUCCCCAAUCAGUCACAGAGGCAGGUUGCUGCCUCCAGGUGGCAGUCCUGGUGGGUUAGCGAUCGCCAAGCAGGUGUCCUCUUCCUGCGGCGUUAGUUCUUGUUUUUGUCCUUGGUAACGUAGUGAGUAGCUCCAGGCGCCACAUCUACUCACUGGUAGUAAUAGGUGGUUACGGGGGUUCUCGUUCUCUGUGAUGGACUCUCUUUCAAUCCCUGUGGUUUACCUUUUUUGGAUUCUGUAAUGUUGUGGACGCAUUUCUCUUACGUAGAACAAAUGAGAAAAGGAAGGGCGGACUUUAUAGCGCAAGUGAAUCUCUUCCAAGACCUUUUGUUAUUGCACACUUGAAAAUGCCACCCAUGGAGCAAAAUAUACGCAAACAUUUUUUACUUUCUUAAUGAGACUUGAAAAUUAUGUGAAGUGUGGGCCCAAUUUGUAUCUUAUCUUUUCCCUCAGCUGGAGUUGUUGGAACCACUUUGUAGUCAAGAUGAAAGCAUUGAUUUUUUUUUUUUUUUCCUUCGAAGAACUUUGUAUGUACGAGAGAAAUCCUGCAUAACCCCAUUAGGAGUAGAUGGUGCCUGACCAGCCUAUCUGUCAGGGAGGCAAAGAUAGGAUUCCUCCCAACCUUGCCAAAAAAAUUAGAAAACUUUGUUGGAGAACAAGUCAAAAGCUCCACAUAGCUCACCCUUUGCAGAGUGGGCCGAGGGCUACUUUUUAGCCACUACUGACUUGCAGGUUGAUCAAAGCCAGCAGUGAGUGAAGGAAGGAAGGCCAGUUGUUGGCGUGAUUUGUUCUGUGAGGAUGGUCUCUAACUGGCCACUGACCAGGUGGGCCUCUGUUGUAAGGUGCUUUGCCAGACACUUAAGGGAAGGCGGGCAGUGAGCCUGGGAAGGGGAGCCUGAGCUGAACACAUGGGCCCAGGCAGCCGUCACCUACACUGACAGAGGGUGGCAGUUCAGGUCCUUGAAGAGUGAACAGUCAGCGGUGGGAGGGGCUUCCCAGAGCCUUGCAUUGGAGAGCAGGCAGGAGUAACUGCCCCUUCAGGAGUGAUGAAGAUGAGGUUUUCCUUCUUCCUUUUGAUUAGAUUUUCCUCAAAGAGAGAGAUGUCGUCCCUCCUCAUCAUUUACCUCACCCUGCUUCUCAUUGCUACGCCAGCAUCCGGGGAGGUCCUCACACAGCCCUUCGUAGCCUUCCCUGACCGAGUCUCAGCAGAAAGUAUCCCAUGCCUUGGUCUGUAGGUUUUUACUCUUCCCAUUCUCAGCUCUCGUUUGUGGUUUUAGGUGACUUGGUAGUUCACUGUUACGGCGGCUUUUUAUUUAAAUGCUGCUGCAGCGUCAGCUGCUAGUGUCCGCUCACUCCGCCAAGAAGUUUUUGUGCCCUGGUUUUCCCAUAUUUUGCUGGCUGCAGUGCCAUCUCCUUUUCUCUAUGAACUUGUAUCUUGAAUCCCAAGGGAGUUUCCGAUUUGGAAAAAAACAGGCAGGGAUUUGGGCACUGAGCCUAACGAGAGAGAUUGCUGCGAAACCCUGUUCUGAGACAAAACAGAUGCCAGGGGAGGCUGUGG